AUGGCCUCCCCGAAUUCCCUCUCGUCCGCCUACAACAACGCACUCUAUCAACAAUCGUCCCGACCGAUGUCCCGAACCGCAGGUUCACGUUCGGGUUCCAGACGGGCCUCUCCAGCUUUACAAUACGCGGAGGCCAAACCAUCCAUCUCAAGACAUUACACUGGGGACAGCUCCGAUGAUGAGGUUCCAGAGCCAAAGUUUAGCGCCUCGGUGAAAGCGCUUCUAGAUGGAGACGGUUUGGGGUCAUCGCCACAUCUGCACCAAGGUCAACAACAGCACCAAUACCAAUUCCAACAGCCUUCGUCAUAUGAGCGGCGCUCAGCGCGACAACAUAGCCAAUCGCCGCGAAAUGCAUCACCACAUGAUCAGUCCAAUGGAAGUCCUGCGCCCCGGGUUGUUCGAAUUGGUGCCAUCUCGUCCUCCUCGAGAUUCUCCCGCGAAGGGUCCCCGCUUUCAAACAGCCAGAGUGCCAGCUCAGAAGCUCAAGACCGGCCCAAUGACUUUAUCACACCUGCUCCCCGACCGCGAAGUGUCCGAGUUAAUGCUUCGAGAAGCGGUACCCGCUCCCCAUCAUCUAUUUCACCCUCGGCAAAACGUUCAACGGAACGUCAACCAGGCGAGGAAUAUGGUAGUGGUGAUCGCUCCGACAGUGAGCGAAGAAAAUCACAUUACGACGAUGAUCCUAUCUCGCGAGUUGGUACUUCAUCGGUCUUGCGCGGCCGCAAUGGAGACGAUGUCGCACCCCAGAGUUCUCUGCGAGUGAAGCGAGUCGGGCGACUGACUGGUACAUUCCUGAAUGGACCUGCACGGCGAGGCGUGUUGCGCCGGCAAAGUGAAGAGAAUAACGAAGAUAAUUACCUGCUGAACGACGGCAUCAUUCGUGAGCAUGACGAGCCGCAAGAUGAGAAUGCUGAAUAUCGUUAUCAGCCUCGAGGCUCAGCGAAGCCAUCAUCACCUAAGGUAUCCUGGGCAGAUCCUAGCCCUCCCCGUGAUAACAAUGGACAAGACCAACUACCACAUCGCCCUCGCCCAGACCGACCCGCGAGCCGGGCUAGUGGGGAGGGGCUUUUCUCGCGAUCCUCCUCGCCAAAAACCUAUGUAUCGCAGUCCAAGUCCACGCCAGGGUCCUCGGAAGUGUCUUCCAAAUCGUCGAGUGGGAACGAGCAACCUGCCUACAAGGUACCGUCCUUACCACCACCCUUGCCCUCCAUGAGGGAUCAAGAGAAUGAACCUCCGCCAACCUUCAAGCGCGCCAAACCACAGGGCCUCAGUUUGCUGGAUAAGCCCGAGAAGAUUUCUGUCUUAUACGACACGGACAAGAAGGAUGCUGCAGCAGAGACCCCGGCAGGUAAUUCCCCUCGGAAAAUUCUUGCGAGUCGAAGCAACAACACUCCGCACCGGCCGGCUCCUCCGCCUCCGAGAAUGUCGGUUCUCGAAACCGCCACUGCUACUGGUGGUGCUUCUUCAUCGCAAUCUCGAAAGAAGCGGACACAGGUUUCGAUCAACCACAAGCACUUCACCCGCCUUGACUGCAUUGGUCGCGGUGGAAGCUCCCGUGUGUAUCGUGUCAUGGCUGAGAAUUAUAAGAUCUUUGCUCUCAAGCGGGUGAACUUGGAAGAUGUUGAUCCCUUGACUCUGACUGGGUACAAGGGCGAGAUUGAUCUUUUGAAGAAGCUUGAGAAUGUGGAUCGGGUGGUGCGCCUAUUUGACUGGGAACUCAACCUGGACAAACAUUGCCUCAGCGUUCUGAUGGAGAUUGGUGAAUCGGAUCUGGAGAAGAUUCUCACCUAUCGUCUCAAUGCCGAGGAUGCUGUAUUUGACAUCAACUUUACCCGAUUUUACUGGAAGGAGAUGCUCGAGUGUGUUCAAGCAGUCCACAAUUACAAUAUCGUCCACUCCGAUCUAAAGCCAGCCAACUUCCUGAUGGUUCAAGGUCGGUUGAAAUUGAUUGACUUUGGCAUUGCCAAUGCCAUUCAGGACAAUACUGUCAAUGUCCACCGGGAGCAACAAGUUGGCACACCCAACUACAUGUCUCCCGAGGCUCUGGUUGAUUCCAAUGCAUCACUGGGCCUACCGGCUAGUGUGGGCAAGAUGAUGAAACUGGGUAAACCUAGCGAUGUGUGGAGUUUGGGCUGCAUACUGUACAAGAUGGUGUACGGCCAGCCGCCUUUCGCCAAGAUCGCCAAGUACUACGAGCGUAUCAUGGCAAUUCCCAACCCUCGCGUCCAGAUUGAUUUUCCCACGCAUGGUGUUGGUGGCAUUUCAGUGCCUCCAGGGUUAAUCAAGACUCUGAAACGAUGUCUUCAGCGUGACCAGACUCUUCGACCAACCAUCGAAGAAAUGCUUGGCCCGCGGGAUCCCUUCUUGCACCCCGAUGCUCAACUUGAGGGUGCUGUGCCUGUCACGCAGGACAUGCUGGGCCGCAUUCUGGCGAAUGUUGUCAACCACUGCAAGGUCCGCGGCAUUCCUAAAGAAGAGGAGUUGGCUGCGUGGCCUGCUGGCUUCUUUGCGAAAAUAAAAGCAGCACUCGAAGAAGAAAAUUCUUGA